AGUGGCGGCUGCGACGAUGGCGGACAGUAUGGAAGCGGAUAAGAUCAUCACGGUCGAAACAGAGCGUGAGAGCGAUGGAACAGGAAUUUUGCACGUGGAAACGUCCACACUUAGGGAUAUUAUUUGUGACAUCCUGAACUCGACAUCACGUCUUAGCUCUGAGCUAAAUUUAGGUGUUGUUGCUGUGAAAGUUGAUGCCAAUCCAACUAGCACCAAUGUAUCCUCUCUUCAGCCAGCACACGUCUUCACCUGCCUCCAGCAGCACAUCUCCACCCUACAGUCUGUGUCUGCAAACCUGAAGCGCCUGCUGAAGUCAGAUCCUACAUACAAAGCUCUCAGUGAAGACCCAAGGGCUGUGGGUGCUGUGGUGUCGUCAGAGGGCAGCUCCCCACACCCUGAGGACCUCAACGUACAGAUCAGGGCCUGCAAGUCAGAGAUUGACAGAAGAAUAUCUGCCUUUAUUGAGCGUAAACAGCUGGAGAUCAAUGAAAACAACGUGAGAGAAUUUUGCAAUGUAAUCGACUGCAAUCAAGAGAACAGCUGUGCCAGAACUGAUGCUGUGUUCACACCAUUCCCUGGAUUCAAAAGCCAUGUCAAAGUGACGAGGGUGGUCAACCUGUAUGGGCCGCAGACGUGGACAGGGGGACACAAAGAUCAGAGCAGGCGUAGGCAGAGUGGCACUCCAUCAAACUGUGGGAAUCCUGCCAUCGAAGAACGGCUGCAUAACAUCGAGGCCCACUUGAAGCUGCCUGCAGAUAGACCAGUGCCUCUGAAUAUCUACCAGAGGCUAAAGCGCCUGGAAGAUCGGAUUCUGGAGCUAGAGGGCCUUUCCCCAGAAUACUUCCAGGCCACAGCUCAUCUGCACAAGCGGCCAAAGGCAACAACUUCACAGGCCUACAGCCUGACAGAGCUGGAUCGGAAGAUUAACACACUCAAGGCCACACUGUUGAAAAAAGUCAGUGAGGCUCAACUUGCAGGUCCAGAGGAGCAGGCCUUCUGAGUUAUAGUAUCUUUAUGCCUGUCUAUGGAGAGAAGAAGGUGAUAGGAGGUAAAAGGAGAUGUUCAGUGAUAAACGGCAGUUACUUCAUCCAAAACCUUCACUCUUAUAAAAUGAAGCCAUUUUCACAGAACAACAAAAAACAAGAAUCCUUAAUACCUCUUCAAAACUGAGGUGAUAAUUCACUGAGAAUAUUUUCCACAGCAAACAACUAACCUCUGUACCGAGGCAUUGAUGUAAAUAGAAACUCUAAUGGUUGUAGAUGGCUUUUUUAUGCCUGUCAGUUUAGUUGCUGUUUUUUUUCUGAAGGAUGUGACCAAUUUCCAUAAAUAAAUUUUUUUAGGAAAAAAAACUUAUGUGUUGAUUUCAACAUAACAGAAUUCUGUAAAUGCAUUCAUUACUGUAUGUUUAAAAAUCAUCAUUAUCAAGUGUGGCAGUCUGGGCAGGAAUACAGCAUCACACAUUCAGGAUGUUUACAAUCUGAGAGUAUUGCUGAGCAGACAGUGUGAGGUGGGCGAAGAGCAAUGCAUUGGGGGGACGUGAGGAGAUGUUCAGGCAGAAACAGAAACCUGCUUUUACACUUACCCUCAUCUCCUCAAAAAUUUUAGAUCAAUGUGGUGAUGUUUUGAUGUGAAUUCUGUGUAUUGGUUCAAGAUGCAAUCUCAAGACAAGCAGCUCUGAAUCGGUUGACUGUAAAUAUCAAUCUAGGGUGUAAGCGGCAGUUUCAUCAGGAAGGGUCCAAAUUCAAAGCCAUCCUGAGUCAUCACCUUCAUCCUAUGCUGAAUCGUUUCUAUCUUGAUGGGGGUAGUUUCUUUCAGGAUCACAAUGCCCACAUCCACAGGGCAUGAUUGGUCACUGAAUGUUUUGAUCAGAAUGAAAACGAUGUAGACCACAUGCCAUGGCUGUCUCAGUUACCAGAUGUCAAACCAACUGAACACUGAGACGGCAUUUUCCACUACCAUCAAAACACCAACGGAUAGAAUUUCUCUAAAAACAUCCCUCCAGGAGAGUUACAGACGUGUCUAUAACCUGUUCUGGCGGCUGAUG